GUACUUCUGUAAAAAAAUAUCUGAAAAGUAAAUUCAGUUUACGAAUUUACGAGUGAGAUGUGUUCGUUUUGUUCUCUGAAAUGAUUUUAAAAUGAACUUACAAUGUGCUGCUUGCAUGCACUUUACAGAUAAUCGAUAAAUGAAUUUAUCGUUAAAUUGUAAAGCAUGAUUUCCUUCGAGUUUUCCUAGUCUACGUAAACUGAUAAAUGAAUGAUCACGUAUUUGUAUUUGUGUUGAUAGAGGGCGCUACUAGUUAACUUUCCAUGUUAACGUCUGCUGUAUAUUGCUAUUGGUGCGUUGUUUCUAGUAGUUCAAGGAGAAGACGGUGAUAUGUUCAAAAGUUGACUUGUGCGAUGAAAGUAAUAUCAGUGUCACUGUGUGAAAUUUGAAGCUGGAAGUUUCCCGGGAAUCAGUAAGUUAUUUGGGAAAGGUUCAAACUCUAUCUGAACAUCAACAUUUGCCCCUGAAGAAGAAAGGUCCACUUUUCGAAAGCGCUUGGGUUAUAGAGUUUUCAUUCAUAUCCAUCCAUCUGUAGUUCGUUUUCGGACAUUUUACAGCCACCUAGAUAUAUCAAUAUAGCUGCGAAACUGCACUGUGAGAGUUUUGCAGCAUUACGUUAAGGGACGUUCCUGUCCGUACCCUUGACAUCUGAUGCACGUAACAUAUGGCAGCUGACAAUCAUUCCGAAAACCGUUUAUCCGCUCCGAUACAAACAGGAGUGAGAAACUUCAGUGGCUAACUUUCUGGAUUUAUAGGACACAUCACUCGGCAUAAGAUUUAACACAAGUGAAGAUUACACGGAGUCGAGAUUAUGGUCCCAUUUCGUAUUGAAGGUGUUCCAUAGGAAAGAUAACAUUUUGUUUCCAGUGCAAGGGAAAGAAAACAAUUAACACUGACUUAGAUGAAAUGUGUAACGUGCAUUUCUGAAAAUGUAUCAACAAAGUACUUAAAUAGUCUAUAGUCAAAAUGAGCAAUAGAAACCAAACGUCAAAAUGUAUAAUAUGUGAAAAUUAAUAACAAACAUGUUCAAUAACAGAGAAGGAUCUCAGCACGUUGCUACAAAAGAGAGUCCUAUCUACGAUUCAUUAAACUUAACAACGAAAAUCAUGUAUGGUCAAAAGAAGCCUGUUGAAAAUCUAAGUAAUCAUCCUGAGACUAAAAUAGUAUAUUCGUCAACGGAAUUUUUGUCGAAAGCAGAAACAGAAUUGAGUGAUGAAUUGUAUUCCUCGAUGGUUUAUGAUUCUCAGGACAAGCAGGCUGUUUUAAAAAUCACCGAAAAGUAUGACACGCUAGGGUUAAAGCGCUUGUCUAAAUCUUUAACCUCUCUGUCAUUUUCGAACUCGCCAGGCGAAUCUGAAGAUUCUGAGAUUAGCGAAAAUCACAGCGUAGACACAGACUUGACUGAACAAGACUUGUCUCAGAUUGAAAUGUUUUUCCGAGGUCACAAAACCUACGUUUAUGUGUGCCAUUCUUUAGCCAACUUGUAUUUCACACGAGCAGUUUCUUAUGGAUGUCCUGGGGAAUGGGAACUUGAAAAGACUGGUGUUCCUGUACUUCUAUUCGAUAAAGGCGAUACUCGAGCCAGAAAUCGGAGGAGGUUGCAAAUCGUCGUGGCUGAGAAAGGCACGGGUUUUGUUCUUUGGGGGGACGUAAUUGAUAAUUUGACUAAUUACAAAGCCCAAGAAGAUUGCUUUCAUACACUGUGCUUAUCGAAUGAUCACCGGCAGAUGGCAGGAUUAAGUUUUGAUAAUCCUGCUGCUGCUGUACAGUUUCUUGACGAAAUCGAUCGUUUGACAUCGGACCCAUUAAAUAUAUCAUUGUCAGUGCCUAAAAAGAUGGGCAAAACUCGAAAGACGAAGCCCACAAAGGUGAAACUUCCAAAGAAGUGUGAUAUAUCACAACCCUGCUGCUUUCAGCACGUAACUACAGUGGGCAUGCAGGACCAAGAACAUUUUUACACCUUGGCAACCUUAGUGCCUCAGAAAUAUGGACAAGACAUGUGAAACCUUACAACGGUACAAAGCAGCACGUGUAAUAACAAAUAUUUGUUUCUGAAUUUUUACAAUUGCGCGAAAAGUUACACGUGAUACUGUACAUCGGAAAUUGGGUAGAUUGUGUGAGUUUCACACGUGUAACUGAAUAAAAUUUGUUUGUUCGCUCAAGUUUGAUUUUGACAUCAAUAUGGUAUCAUUAUGAUUUAAACUCUCAGCUGUUAACAGUUCUCAACAGUGUUGUUUUUAUGACCUUAUUCUGGAACUGUUACGUUUUGACAACUUUGUCAUUAAACGUCUAACCACUACCAUAUACUUCGGACUGUGAGAAGACCAUCUUAAAUUUUUUGUUUUGCUUUUCAUUGGUUAUUGACUGUGAAUAUUUUGCAUAACAAUUUAUGUUACAUAAUAUGAUAUAUAACCUAUAAACUGCUUAUGUUUCGAAUAGUUUUUCAACUUAUCAAUAGGUUCAAAAAAUAUUUUCUUGACAUAAGUUUGAGUUAACCCACCAAGGCUGAUUUUAACUUUUUUUUUAGUGUUAGUUUGACAAACAAAGUGUUAAAAAUCGUUAAUGUUCUAAAAUUAUAAAUUGAUUUUAAACAUUUAUUAUGACUUAUCGGUGAUAACACAAUGAUACAUGUACAAAAUAAUCAGCCUCAAACAAUGAAUAAAGUUAUUAAACAAUUAUUCAUAUGCUUUUUCAUACAUUGAUAAAAUUCUGUUGUAAAAGAAUAAAAGUAAACGCAACCAUUAUCAACAUUCAA